UCCCCUCCUGUGGACCGACCAACGUGUCUGCCUUCGCCACAACCUCCAGCAGCAUCCUGGUGCGCUGGUUUGAAGUUCCUGAACCAGACAGAAACGGCCUCAUCCUGGGCUACAAGGUGGUGUACAAGGAGAAGGACUCGGACAGUGCCGUCCACUUCUGGACCGUGGAGGGGAACGCCACGCACAGCGUCCAGCUCACCGGUCUGGGGAAAUACGUGCUCUAUGAGAUCCAGGUUCUGGCUUUCACGCGGAUUGGAGAUGGACGGCCCAGUUCGCCGCCCAUCCUGGAGAGGACUUUGGACGAUGUUCCAGGACCUCCGGUGGGGAUCCUGUUCCCUGAAGUGCGGACCACCUCAGUCCGGCUCAUUUGGCAGUCCCCCUCGCAGCCCAACGGCAUUAUACUGGCGUACCAGAUCACGUACCACCUCAACUCCACCAACAGCAACACGGCCACGGUGGACGUCCUGAGCCCGAGCGCUCGCCAGUACACGGUGACCAACCUGAAGCCGGAGUCCAUCUACGUGUUCCGCAUCACGGCGCAGACGAGGAAGGGCUGGGGCGAGGCGGCCGAGGCGCUGGUGGUCACCACGGAGAAGAGAGCUCGACCCCAGCCCACCAGCCGUCCCGUGGUCCCUCAGAAAGACGUUCAGGCCCGUCAGGUGCUGUUGUCGUGGGAGCCGGGCAGCGACGGCCUGUCCCCCGUGCGUUACUACACAGUGCAGCUUCGAGAGCUUCCUGAGAGCAACUGGACCGUCCACUCUGCCUCCGUCAACCACGAGGCUUCGUCCUACAUCGUAUCCAGGCUGAAGCCCUUUACGUCCUACCAGUUCAGAGUGAAAGCCACCAAUGAUAUAGGAGACAGCGAGUACAGCGAGGAGAGCGAAGCCAUCACGACUCUGCAGGACGCGCCCGACGAACCACCGGCCAUCCUCUCCGUCACGCCGCACACGACCACGUCGGUGCUGAUCCGCUGGCAGCGCCCCUCGGAGGAGAAGAUCAACGGGAUCUUACUGGGAUUUCGGAUUCGAUAUCGUGAGCUGCUGUACGACCGUCUGCGGAGUUACUCAGUUCACGCCAUCAACAGCAUGUCCGGCUGGGCUGAGCUCACCGCCCCCUACAGUAUCCGGAAUCUGAGUGAUUCAACCCUGAUCCAGUAUGAGUUGGACAAGUUGAGUAAACACAAGCGCUAUGAGAUACGCAUGAGUGUAUACAACGCUGUGGGCGAGGGGCCGACCAGUCCACCGCAGGAGGUGUUUGUGGGAGAAGCCGUACCUACAGCUCCGCCCCAGAAUGUGGCCAUCCAGUCUGCGACAGCCACCCAGCUGGACGUGACGUGGGACCCUCCACCUGUGGACGCACAGAACGGAGACAUCCAGGGCUACAAGGUUUACUUUUGGGAGUUCCAGCGCAAGAAUGAGACAGAGCGGCUGCGGACUCUGUUCAUGCCUGAGGGAGGAGUGAAACUGAAGAACCUGACGGGGUACACCACCUAUAUGAUCAGCGUAGCCCCCUUCAAUGCAGCUGGGGACGGACCCCGCAGCGCACCAACCAGGGGACGCACUCAGCAAGCAGCUCCCAGUGCUCCCAGCUUCAUUCACUUCAGUGAGCUGACCACCACCUCGGUCAAUGUCUCCUGGGGCGAGCCAACCUUCCCUAACGGCAUCAUCGAGGGCUACCGUCUGAUCUACGAACCCUGCACACCUGUCGAUGAGUCUUCAGUGGCCUGUGCCGACUGUCUUCACUCCCCCUCCCCCCCAGGCGUCAGUAAGACAGUGACGGUGGAUGUGAAGGGGAGUGGGCCCCUCUGGUUGAAGCUCAAGGACCUGGCCGAUGGCAUCACGUACAACUUCCGCAUCCGGGCCAAGACCUUCAUCUAUGGGCCAGAGGUGGAGGCCAACAUCACCACAGGCCCCGGAGAAGGAGCCCCUGGGCCGCCUGGAGAGCCCUUUAUCACACGCUAUGGUUCAGCCCUGACCAUCCACUGGACCAGCGGGGACCCGGGACGUGCUCCCAUCACACGCUACGUCAUCGAGGCAAGACCUUCAGAUGAGGGAUUGUGGGAUAUCUUAAUCAAGGACAUCCCAAAGGAAGCAACAUUGCAUACAUUCAACAUGGACAUCCUGAAGCAGGGGGUCAGUUAUGACUUCCGAGUAAUCGGAGUGAACGACUAUGGCUAUGGCUCUCCAAGUCUACCCUCUCCUUCUAUAUCCGCCCAGAAAGUGGCACCGUUCUACGAGGAGUGGUGGUUCCUGGUGGUGGUGGCUCUGGUGGGGCUCAUCUUCAUCCUGCUGCUGGUCUUCAUCCUCAUCAUCAGGGGGCAGAGCAAGAAGUAUGCCAAAAAGUCUGAAUCUGGUAACAACUCCAACUGCAACGCCCUGACCCACGGAGACAUGGUCAGCCUGGACGAGGGACGCUUCCCCGCACUGGAGCUCAACAACCGACGGCUCUCUGUGAAAAACUCCUUCUGCCGGAAGAACGGCGUCUACACCAGGUCUCCUCCCAGGCCCAGUCCAGGCAGUCUUCACUACUCCGACGAAGACGUCAGCACAAAGUACAAUGACCUGAUCCCUGCAGAGAGCAGCAGCCUGACCGAGAAACCCUCUGAAAUCUCCGACUCACAGAUCAAAUGAAAAUCUCUACAAUGAAUCGCUACGGACAGGACCUUUCGCGGCGUGAUAACAACCCCUCAAAUGAAGCAUUUCGACGUGUCAUCGGCUUUCUGGCGUAUCUAGCAUUCGCACUUGUGCAUUGUCAAACACGGCCCUAAUGUAGUGACUGCCCCCUGACGACGCCUGCCUCGCUGCCACGCUGCACAUCCAAGGGUCUGACAUUAGCUUUGAU